AACGUGCCAUAAGUAAUAACCACGGUUGGGUUUUCUUAAAAAGAGCUUUCUCAUACGAAGUUUACCCCAGCAGUCUUGUCUCCUUCUCUCUUAUUCUCUCUCUAACUGUAUCUUCUUCAAUCUCUUUGUUUUCAUACUCUAUUAUUCUUUUGUCUGUAUGACUUUUCUAGUUUCAAAGCUCAUUCAAUUGUUCACUUUGUUUGUAAAAAUCAAAGCUUUCUGGAAUCAUUCUCCGGCGAGAGUUUUCUUAACCGCCACAAGCUUCUGUCGAGCGUGAUUCAUCACUGGGUUUGCAAUUUUUUUUUUCCUGGUGGGUGUUCUUCAAAUUGUUCAAAGUUCCGACCUUUUUUGUGUGUUUAUUAAGAAUUUGGUCACUGGAAUCUGAAGCUGGAUAGACUCGAGUUUAUAUGGUUUCAAGCUUUAUUGAGUCUAUCAUUAAGUUGUGUAGAAGAAAGGUUUUGUUUUCUCCGACUGAGUUGUUUGAGGUUACAGAGAUUUUCUGGUUUUGGGUUUGGUGAGAUAAAUUAGAAAUAGAUGAGUAUGAGUUAUUUGGGUUGGGAUGAUGAAGAGAAAUCGAUGGUAAGUGCCGUUUUAGGGCAUUUAGCUUCUGAUUUUCUUAGAGCAAACUCAAAUUCGAAUCAGAAUCUGUUUUUGGUUAUGGGAACUGACGAUAGUUUGAAUAAGAAGCUCUCUAGUCUCGUAGAAUUGCCAAACUCUGAGAAUUUCAGCUGGAACUAUGCUAUCUUCUGGCAACAGACCAUGUCUAGAUCCGGACAGCAGGUCCUAGGUUGGGGAGAUGGGUGUUGUCGAGAGCCUAAUGAGGAAGAGGAAUCAAAAGCUCUUAGGUCUUAUCAUUUUAACUACAUGGGAUUAGAUGAAGAGACAUGGCAAGAUAUGAGGAAGAGAGUGUUGCAGAAGCUUCAUAGGUUGUUUGGUGGAUCAGAUGAAGACAAUUAUGCUUUGAGCUUAGAGAAAGUUACUGCUACUGAGAUUUUCUUCUUAGCUUCUAUGUAUUUCUUCUUCAACCACGGUGAAGGUGGUCCUGGGAGGUGUUGUGCUUCAGGGAAGCAUGUUUGGCUCUCUGAUGCGGUUAACUCGGAGUCUGAUUACUGUUUCAGGUCUUUUAUGGCGAAAUCUUCUGGAAUCAGAACGAUUGUUAUGGUUCCUACUGAUGCUGGUGUUCUUGAGCUUGGUUCUGUUUGGUCUUUGCCUGAAAACAUUGGCUUGGUUAAGUCUGUUCAAGCUUUGUUCAUGAGGAGAGUUAUACCUCCUUUGAUGGUGACUUCAAACACUAACAACAUGAGUGGAGGGAUUCACAGGCUCUUCGGGCAGGAUUUGAAUAACUCAGAACAUGUAGCCCACGCGUAUCCUAAGAAGCUCGAUGUGAGAAGAAACUUGGAUGAGAGGUUCACUCCUCAAAGUUGGGAUGGCUAUAAUAAUAAUAACAAAGGUCCAACGACAUUUGGUGGUUACACAACUCAGAGAGAAGAUGUGAAAGUGCAAGAGAAUGUGAAUCUGGUUUUAGAUAAUAGCAAUUACAAGACGCAGAUUGAAUUAGCGGCAUUAUCCAUAGCCGCUUCUUCGGAUCCAUCUACAAACACUCAACUAGAAAUAUCAGAUUCUUGUACUGCGAAAAGACCAGCGAGCUUAUUAGCAGCAUCAGGAACAGUUUCUAUUAUUGAUGAGAAGAGACCAAGAAAGCGAGGAAGAAAGCCUGCAAACGGAAGAGAAGAGCCAUUGAACCAUGUGGAAGCUGAGAGGCAGAGACGCGAGAAGCUUAACCAAAGAUUCUACGCAUUACGGUCAGUUGUUCCGAACAUUUCCAAAAUGGACAAAGCUUCUCUACUUGGAGAUGCAAUUUCUUACAUCAAAGAGCUUCAAGAGAAAGUAAACAUCAUGGAAGCUGAAAGAGUAAGAACAGAGAGCAGCUUAUCAGAAUCGAUGACCACCAGAACAGUUGAAAGUCCCGAAGUUGACAUUCAAGCUGUAAACGAAGAGGUUGUUGUAAGAGUGAUCUCACCGUUGGAUUCACAUCCAGCUUCAAGAAUUAUACAAGCAAUGAGAAACUCAGAGGUUAGCGUAUUGGAGUCUAAGUUAUCGUUAGCUGAAGACACAAUGUUUCACACUUUUGUGGUAAAGUCUAACAACGUGUCGGAUCCAUUGACGAAAGAGAAGCUUAUAGCAGCGGUUUACCUGCCGGAAACGAGCUCGACGCAGCAGCCAUUACCAUCUUCUAGUUCACAGGUUUCUGGUGAUUUCUAGCUAGGUUUCACAUGAUGGUGAUCAAAAAGCUUCAUUGUUUCAGUAUAGGUAACUUCCCGGUUCAACUAGAGAAAUAGAUAACAUCCUUUUUUUUCAUUUCUGUUCUCUUUCUUAGAAUGAAAGGAAUCCAGUUUUAGUAUAUUCCACUAACGUUAUAAUACCUAGUAUGUCGAUCAUUAAUUCACAUAUUUGUAUCUUGGGAAAUAUUUUUCCAACUUAAGAAAAUGAAAUAAAGUAUGAGAGAUAUUUUUGACUU